AUGGCUCCCGCUGUCGGUAUCGAUUUGGGUACCACCUACUCUUGUGUGGGUGUGUUCCGUGAUGACCGUAUUGAGAUCAUUGCCAACGACCAGGGUAACCGUACCACUCCCUCGUUCGUUGCCUUCACCGACACCGAGCGUCUCAUCGGUGAUGCCGCCAAGAACCAAGUUGCCAUGAACCCCCCACAACACUGUCUUCGAUGCCAAGCGUCUCAUUGGUCGUCGUUUCCAGGACGCUGA